CAUGUCUGAAAAAGUCUCCUCCCUCCUCACCCACAUAAUAUAUAUGUUGAAUAUGACUUAAAAGUUAUAGCCAACUGUCAAUCACAUUUAAUUUUCUUAUAUCUACCCUUAUUCCAUCUAUUAUCUUCUCUCCAACACCAAAGUUAUAAUUCAAACUUUUCAACACUUGCGAAAAAUAAUAAUAUAUUGUUGUUUCGAUUAAUUCGUCACCAAAAAAAUACCUUCCUUUUAUUUAACUUCGAUAUGAAUCAGUGUGUACCGAGUUGGGACCUCGAUGACUCUACCGUUCCUCGAAAAAAUCCUAUACAAUCUCAAUCCAAUUCAUUAGCAGCUGAUGUCCCCUCAUUGGAUUAUGAAGUGGCGGAGCUAACGUGGGAAAAUGGGCAGUUAGCAAUGCAUGGGUUAGGGCCUCCACGGGCUAAUAAUAAGCCCAUAUCGAGCUACGGUGGCACCCUUGAAUCUAUAGUGAACCAAGCCACCCGUUGCAACGACGUCCCUCCUCAUCUCCACGGGAAGUCCACCGUGGACAGGAACAAAAACGGUGGAGAUGAGGUGGUUCCUUGGUUCAACAACCACAACACGGUUGCCUACGCUCCUCCGGCAACCGGUUUAGUCACCACGACUAAGGAUGCGUUGGUGCCGUGUUCGAGGAACAACUCGAAUUCGGACAACCACCGAUCCGUGCACGUGCCGGGGAUUGACGGCUCCACACACGUGGGGUCGUGUAGUGGCGCCACAAACAGUAGAGACUGGAUGGUGGCGCCACGCAUGAGAGUACGGCCCACGAGACGUGAGUGGAAUAGCCGUACGGAUAUGAUUAGUGUAAGUGGAAGUGAAACGUGCGGAGGAGAUAGCCGCCAAUUGACGGUCGACACGUUUGAUAGAGAAUUUGGUACGACGAUGUACACUUCUACGUCGAUGGGGUCGCCGGAAAACACCAGCUCCGACAAGCAGUGCACCAAUAGGACGGGGGACGAUCACGAUUCCGUUUGCCACAGCAGAGAUGAGAGGGAGGCUGGUGAUGAUGAGGAUGAUAAUAACAAAAAAGGGUCUAAAAACUCAUCAUGUUUUACAAAGAGGAAGAGGGCAGCCGCCAUCCACAACCAGUCUGAACGAAAAAGAAGAGACAAGAUUAAUCAAAGGAUGAAGACACUUCAGAAGUUGGUUCCAAAUUCGAGUAAGACAGAUAAAGCAUCAAUGCUAGACGAAGUGAUAGAAUAUUUGAAGCAACUUCAAGCUCAAGUGCACAUGAUGAGUAGGAUGAACAUGUCACCAGCCAUGAUGUUACCAUUGGCUAUGCAACAACAAUUACAGAUGUCUAUGAUGGGUAUGGGUAUGGGUAUGGGUAUGGGCAUGGGAGUUGCCGGAGUUUUUGAUAUCAAUAACCUUAGCCGCCCCAAUAUCCCCGGACUUCCUUCCUUUCUCCACCCUUCUGCCGCCUUCAUGCAGCCUAUGACCUCCUGGGAUAACUCCAGCACCGCCCCUCCUCCUCCUCCUGCUAUGCCUGAUCCUUUAGCUGCCUUACUCGCUUGCCAAUCACAGCCAAUUAACAUGGAUGCGUAUAGUAGGAUGGCAGCAUUGUACCAGCAAUUCCAACAGCCACCAACAGGCUCUGGCCCUAAAAAUUGAUAGUGUAUAUACCAUAUAGUAGUAGUUACUAUCAUUUUGUAAAGUGAUCUCCUGGUUUUCUUUACGGUUGGAUUGACUAGGAGACCCUUUUACUUGUUUCAGAUUGUCAUUUAAUUUUUGUCUGUAUACUUUUGACUUUGCCAACUAAACACAUAAACUUGUCCCAAUUCUGUAUUUUAAAUUUCAUCUAAAAAGUUGAAUAGACUGUUGCCUUCGUAAA